AUGAAUGCGAAACCUCUGGUCCAGAAUGCUUCGGCGGAAGCAAAUGUACAAAGGAAUGGGGAGGGUACACACCCCAACCAAAAUGCCCAAACCCCUAGAGAACGCGUGGAACCUGGUGGAUACAGGAGGAAAUACAGUAAGGGGCAGUACAAUAAUAGCCCCUUCACUAGUGAAAUAUUGAAUGCUCCUUUCCAGGAGGAUUUUGAUUCGGCACGCUUGUCGAAGUAUGAUAGAAGUCAAGACCCACAGGUCCACAUAGAUUCAUUUGACACGGACAUGUAUAUUCGAGGGAUUUAUGAGCCCCUUAUAUCUCGGAUAUCUGCUAUAACUUUGACUGGGGCUGCGCAGGCAUGGUUCUCAACCUUACCUGCCAACUCCAUUGGGUCUUUCGAGAAAUUUGGGGAGAAGUUCCUCUUGAAUUUCGCAACAAGCAAAAAACAUCCCAAAUCUGAAUUCGCACAUGGAAAGAUACGACAACAACCCAAAAAAACUCUCCAGAGGUACCUCAACCGGUUCAAGGAUGCUGCCUUGCAGGUGCCAGGUUUACAAGAAAAUAUCCACGUACAUCUCAUUGUGGAUGGCUUGGAUGGAGCAUCUAGACUAGCCAAGUCGGUCUAUAAAGACCCAGUAAGGACGUUGGAGGAAUUCAGGACUCGUUCGAAGAAGUACUUAGAACUCGAACAAAUGGAGAUAGCAAAUGCGCAAUCUGAGGAUGGUAAGAGAAUGAGCCCGAGAAGGAGGAACUCGGCCCUGAGAGAAAAAGAGUCGACCGGUAACAAAAAGAAAGACUCUAAUAGCAGAAUCCCGGAUGAUAGAGAUCGGGUUGGAAGAUAUGAGAAGUAUACAUCGUUGAAUGCCUCACGCUUUCAAAUUUGGAGGGAAGUGGCAAUGCCGGAGAUGAAGAAAGUAGAUAGACCUCGGUCCAUAAUAGAAAGAAAGACUCUAGUAGCAGAAUCCCGGAUGAUAGAGACCGGGUUGGAAGAUAUUAGAAAUGCUGUGGAGAAAUUUGUUAGAGAAGGGAAACUGCGCCAGUAUGUGAUCAAAACUCAGGGUUCCAAAAAUAACAAAAGAAAGUCUGGAAACCGGAAGAGGAGCAAGAGUCCAGUACCUGAGAAGAAAAAGAAAAAGGAAAGGAACCAGAAAGAUGAUUCCAAUAACGAUGAAUUCCCGGGAGCUGAGUUCGAUUGUAACAUGAUCAGUGGAGCUCUUGGAGGAGGAGGAGACACUGUAAGUGCUAGGCGAAAGUAUUUAAAAGAAGUGCUUUCAAUCUGGGAUCAUCCUAAAUUCAAGGAGGACCCCAGCAAACCAGACCCUCCUCUACUCCAUUUCACAAAGGAAGAUAUGCAAGGUGUUUUGCCAGGGCAUGUAGAUGGGUUAGUCGUCACUGGAAUCCUGGUGAACUUCUGGGUUAAAAAGAUCUUCAUAGAUGCAGGAAGCAGUGCUGACAUUAUAUUAUGGGGCGCCUUCAAAAAGAUGAACCUUGAUGAAAAGGACCUCAAACCCUGCAAGACAACCUUAAUAGCUUUUAAUGGAGAAAAUACACCUCCUAAAGGCUAUAUAGAUAUCAGGUUAACCGUGGGAAAGAAGAAAGCGUUCAAAUCAGAACGGGUGAGACUCAUAGUGGCUGACUUCCCAUUUAAAUACAACAUCAUUCUGGGGAAGCCAACCAUACAUAAAUGGGACAUGCUGGUCUCCACAAAGCAUCAGAAGAUAAAAUGGUAA